AUGCAUUUUUCUAUUCCAAUUCACCUGGGAGUGGUGCUCCUUGCGAGUCUCAUUAAUGCCAGUGUGAUCGUAUGUCCAAGUGGCCUCGGUGGGAAAGCACUCUACCUCCAGUCGAAUGAACAACAAAACGCUGUAAUUUCUAUCGCAAUAGGAAAUGAUGGCAAGCUCCACGGUGGCAUUACUACCUUGACAGGCGGCAUGGGCGGUGAUGGUAUCAACGGGAUGACCCAUGCACCUGCUGGCCCCGAUGCUCUUUCGUCGCAAGGCUCUGUCUUUGUCAUCGACGAUGUGAGUUUCCUUGUGACCUCUUCCGUGCACUCUCAGGCUAACUCGAACUUGCAGCUUGUCUUCGUGGUGAACGCAGGAUCAAAUACCUUGAGCAUGUUCAGAAUCAACAAAUUUGAUCCAACAAAAAUAUCACGAGUUGGGAAGCCAGCGAAAAUUCCUGGUGAAUUUCCCGUAACUGUUACAGCUUCAAUCAAGCGAAAAACGGCUUGCGUGGGAUACACUGGGGCCAAAUCCGGCGUUUCCUGCGCUGAAUUCACGCCAGAGGGCCUGCAGCAGAUGGAUCAAGUGAUUGAUUUCGAACUCCACCAAACCACACCUCCUGUUGGGCCAACAAAUACAGUCGCACAGGUCUUCUUUGCCGCAAACGAUACACGUCUAAUCACCACGGUGAAGGGGGACCCAUCUGCUGGCAAAGCAGGCUUUGUAUCUGUCCUGCCAUUCAAAGAUUCGUGUUCGUCGGUCUUCGAGAGUCAUGAUAUUCGAAGCUCUCCGCCCAAUACGGCAGUGCUAUUUGGUGGUGUUGAAAUUCCCGGCACAUCUGAUCUAUUCAUCACGGACGCAUCUUUCGGAGCCACUGUUCUUAGCCUAGAUGACGUCACCGACCAAGUCUCUCUCAAGCACAAGAUCACCAUCGAAAACCAGAAAGCCACGUGUUGGGCUACCUACUCUCCGUUGCGAGAGAGUGUAUUUUUAACCGAUGCAGCAUCUAACAGACUGGUUGAAGUCCGCAAUGAUGGCUCGAAGAUCUUAACGAUCCUGGACUUGAGAAAUGGCGACCCUGGUCUCACCGAUGUCAGAGCUAUCGGCCAUUAUGUAUACGCACUUUCCCCAGGAAAUGGCACCACAGUCGCUGCAAUCACCGUUGUUGACUCUUUCGAGGGCCGGCAGAUCCAGCAUUUUGAGCUGGAUAAGUUGGGCGCUGGUCAGCGGUCACAAGGUUUAGCCAUAUUUUGA